AUGGUCUCGCACCGCGCGGCGCCCAGCCCGGAGAACAUCGUCGUCGCCGUGUUCGUCGGUCUCAGCCUCGGCAUCGCGGCGUCGUUCGUCUUCCUGUGCGCGUGCGUCCUCGGGGCGCGCGCGUAUCACCAUCAGAUUCAGAUUUCCGAGGCGCGAGCCAGCGUCGCGAACGCGUCGCGGAUCGAGGCGCGCGCGAACCGCGACCGGAAGGACGACGACGACGACGUCGACGACGUCGACGUCGUCUUGCGCACGAUGCGCGGCGUCGUCGUCGAGCACCCGGGCGGGGAGACCGACUUCGCGACUUCGCGGUCCCCGGUCGCCGACGUCGUCGAGCGUCCCAUCGUCGUCGCGAGAUCGCGUCGUGGCGCGUCGGGCGGUUCAGGUUCUUGA